CUCAUAUUUUGCCAUAUCAAAUAUCAAAUCUUAGCCUUCUCCACAUUUGAUCACUCUCUCUUUGAUCAUUUCCCAAGUUCUUAAAUCAUGGGUGUCUUCACAUACGAAACUGAGUUCACCUCUGUCAUUCCUCCAGCUAGGUUGUUUAAGGCCUUUGUUCUUGAUGCUGACAACUUCAUUCCCAAGAUUGCUCCACAAGCAGUGAAAAGCGCUGAGAUUGUUAAGGGAGAUGGCGGUGUUGGAACCAUCAAGAAGAUCAAUCUCGGUGAAGGAAGUGAAUACAGCUACGUGAAGCACCAGAUUGACGGAAUUGACAAAGACAACUUUGUGUACAAGUACAGCAUGAUCGAAGGAGAUGCUAUCUCAGACAAAAUUGAGAAGAUCUCCUACGAGACUAAGUUGGUGGCAUCUUCCGAUGGAGGCUCCGUUAUUAAGAGCACUAGCAACUACCACACCAAGGGAGAUGUCGAGAUCAAGGAAGAGCAUGUUAAGGCUGGCAAAGAAAGGGCAGCUGGUUUGUUCAAGAUCAUCGAGAGCCACCUUUUGGCCAACCCUGAUGCCUACAACUAAAGCAUAUAUAUGUCUUGAUAGUCCUACCGCAUAGAGGGCAACAAUAAGUAUCUUUCUUUCUAUGUGGCUUUCAUUUUGUCAAACCAGAGCCUUCUUUGGGUUUGGAUUCGAGUUUUGGUUAAUGAUUUCCAUGCUUGUAUUUGAUUUCAACCUCAGGAAAUAAACAGUAAUCAUUUUAUAUUC